AUGGGUCGUAAGAAGAGGAAGCAGAUCAAGCCUUGGUGCUGGUAUUGUAAUAGAGAUUUCGAGGAUGAGAAGAUAUUAAUUCAUCAUCAAAAGGCAAAGCAUUUCAAGUGUCCUUUUUGUCACAGAAAGCUCUUUACCGGUCCCGGUCUUUCUAUUCACUGCAAUGCUGUUCACAAAGAAAAGCUGGAUAAGAUUCCCAACGCAUUGGCACAUCGAGCCAGCACGGUGAUCGAUAUUUACGGCAUGUCCGGUAUACCAGAGGCCGAUCUUCUUGAGCACGAGAGGCAGAAGCUUGGUCAGGAGGGUGAGGAUGAGCCUCCAGAGAAGGUUGAGCGUGUAGAUGAUACAGCUAGCUCUUCCUUUGUUCCCCCUCUCCCACCUUUUCCGUUCAUGCCUCCCGUACCAAGCGUGAUGCCGUAUAUGCCCGUUGUUCCUGGGGGGGUUCAGCCAUUCCUUUCGGGAGUUGUUCCUGCUCCUCCUCCUCCGCCGCCACCACCGCCCCCGCCCCCACCGACGUCGGAAGCAGUGUCAACUACAAAUGACGUGUCAUCACCGAAGCCGACUUUUCCUGCUUAUUCGGAGGCCGAGAUCGUGAAGGCCUCUGCUUCUAAAAUUAUUCGGCCUGUGUCUGGUUUGAAUGGGGUUACUGUCGAGCUCGUCUAUCCGGAGGAGGACCUCUCUCUGGAGGAGUUAAUGGCAGCGAAACCCAAGUAUCAGGAGAUGCUUAAGCGGGCAUUGCAACCUCCGCCACCACCACCGUCGCUCACAGCUAUGCCGGCCCCGAUACUGCCAACUACUACUCCGGGGAUGCUAUCCCCCUACGUCCCGCUCCCUCGCGGCGCUCCUGUCAGUACGACUGGUGUGCCCUUCAUGCCCAUGCAGCAGCCAAUGUACGGGAUGCCUGGUUACCCACAAUCCGUGGGACAGGUGCCGCCUGCUUGGAUGGGACUUCCGAACGUUCGGUUCUAA